AUGUAUUUUAAUAGAUAGGUUUUAAUCUUUAUACUUUAUUUGAGAGUAAAAUGUUUAGUGACUAAAUUGCUUGUUAAGUUAUUAGUAGUGCACACUCAACGCUACACCCUCCUCCCUCUAAUCGACAUGAAUACCGCUCUUCCUUCAUCUCCCUCUCACUCUCACCCAACCUCAACCCACACGGCAACUCCGCCACCGCCUCCGCCACCGCCUCCGCCGUCUUCCGCCGAUGGAGUUCUAACAAUUCCAUUUCCAAUGGCCGAUCAACAGAACACCAACACACCUCCUGCCGUCAAUCCCCGGCCACCAACCAAACUCCCUUCCCGUCCACGCAAAAUCCCCAAACUAUCUCCAGACACUCCUAACCCAUCUACAAAUCAAAUCAUAAUCUCUCCCCGACAACCAAGAUUACUCAAUCAAACCCAUCGUUACCCUUCUCUUUCAUCUCCCAAUCAAAUUCAAAUCGCCAUUAAACAUCUCAGAGCUUCCGAUCCUGUUCUUGCUAAACUGAUUGACCUCCAUAACCCUCCUACUUUUGAUUCAUUUCAAACCCCUUUUCUUGCUUUGACCAAAAGCAUUUUAUACCAACAACUUGCUUUCAAAGCUGGUACUUCUAUCUACUCCCGUUUUGUUUCCCUUUGUGGGGGUGAAUCUGGGGUCAUUCCUGAAACUGUUUUAUCUUUAACCCCUCAACAACUUCGUCAAAUUGGGGUUUCUGGGCGUAAAACUAGUUACCUUCAUGAUCUUGCAAGGAAAUACCAAAAUGGGAUUUUAUCAGAUUCUGCUAUUAUUAGUAUGGAUGAUAAGUCUUUGUUUACUAUGCUUACUAUGGUUAAUGGAAUUGGGUCUUGGUCUGUUCAUAUGUUUAUGAUUUUCUCUUUGCAUAGACCUGAUGUUCUUCCUGUUAAUGAUUUGGGGAUUAGGAAAGGGGUUCAUUUGCUUUAUGAUUUAGAGGAUUUGCCUAGACCUUCUCAAAUGGAACAACUUUGUGAAAAAUGGCGUCCUUAUAGGUCUGUUGCUUGUUGGUAUAUUUGGAGAUUUAUGGAUGCUAAUCAUCCUUCUUCUAAUUCUGGUGUGGUAACCGCCCCCGCUGGUGCUGCUGCUAUUGCUUUGCAACUGCAAACACAGCAGCAACAGCAAACACAGCAGCAGCUGCAGCAACAACAACAGCAACACCAGCCGCAUUUUAUUGAUCCCCUUAAUAUUAUCAAUCUCCGAUGAUGAAUUCAAGCAUGUGCAUAUCAUGUCAUGAGAGUAUAGAGAUACACCAAUAUAUUUGGAUCUGGAUGGAGCUGAAGACACAAGAUUUUGUGUUAUCCCAUUUGAAACUGCUGUAACACCAUUGAUAAACGAUGAGCAGGGAUAUUCAAUGAUGAUAGUUUUGCUGAUUUUGGAAUAUCGACAAUCGAUGGAGCAAGGCCAACUCUGUUAUUCCUAAUUUUAAGACCGGAAAGACUUGUAAAUGAGGAUAGGAUUGUAUUUGAGAUUGCUUUGUAAUUACACUUUAAUGCUUUUUAAACUUAUGGAGUGGUGGAUGGGUUAAUUUGUAACUCUCAGAUGAUUUGAUGCUCCCAUGUUUAGGGGGAGUGUGAUCUGUUUUUCUGCUACUUGAUGAACUAUUUAGAGUCUUAAUUAUUUGGGCACUGAAAAGUUGUGGUGUUCUGAGAUUGAAAGAGCCAGCAAUAGCACAGAAAAACAAGCUCCCAGACGCAGUUGGGAGAUGCAUUUCAAUGUUA